AGAGGGGGGUGAAGUGAUUUAACCGAUGAAUUUUUCCUUUAUGAAGCAUUCAGCUCAACCAUAAAUGUGUAACAAAAAAACGGAAAAGAACUGUGGAUCGAUUAACAUUGAAAUCAUUUUAAAAAUAUAUGAACCACCACAAAAAGAUGGACCGUCAGAAUUGCACAUACGACAAGCUGGAUUCUAUGGAUACGGACCCUGAGGUCUACAAAAGAGGGGACGACUUGAAACUGUUGAUCGAACCCCAGAAACCGCUCUUUGAUAAAAUCCCCUACGCCUACUCCACCGAUAAACCAAUUAAAAAAGCAAGAAAGAAGAAACGGGUGCUGAACACACUAGAUACCCUCAUAUCCAUCUUCGUCGUAACACCUUGUGUGGUAGGAUGUUGGAGAGGCAUUUCGCAGAUCAUGGACAUGUAUGAGGAAUAUUUUCCCGCUUGGGAAAGUUUCUCCCUUGGCAUGGCAACCCACAUAGUGCUCGCCCUUGGCCAGGACGUCUUCCACUACGUGGUUGUCGAGAAGAAAUCGAAGCACCCCGUUUUGAGACUCUUCGCCUGGUUUCUAAUGAAGUUCUACAUCACCACAUUUAACGUCAUUAGUAAUAUGAUAUGGAGGGCUGGUUGGAUCCUCUUCGAUCGUUACUGUGGACUACAAAAUUCGAAAUUCGGAUCUGCCAUGUCGGAGGGGUCUUCUUCAGCUAUUUGGUUCACGAUAGUCUGCACGCUGAUCCUAUUUUGCUUGAAAGGUUUGAAGAAUACCAUGUCGCCUCCAUUCUCCAUCGCGCUUGAUUCGAAAGAUGAGGUGUUUCUUUUCAGCACCAGAUACAUUUACAAAAUGGGAGAAAAAACGUCGCUAUAUAUCCUAGACUGCCUCUUUUCUGUACUGAUUGUCGGUACAUUGGUUGUCUUCGUGUGGCGCGGAGGAUGGGCCCUUCUGGACAUAUUCGUUUUCCCAGAGGAUGACGUGCUUUCAGCAUGGGCAAGCCUGAUUUUGGGGUACGCUUCCGUAGCUAUAGCGUUCAUCCUACAACCAGUCAUGAGAUACUUGUGUGAAAGGUUCAGCGGAACGCCAAGAUUGCUGAUAGCGGACUUCUUCAUUUUGUUUGCUCUUUUUGGUACCAUCAACGUCUGGAGGGGGAUUUGGAACUUACUCAACAUCUACUUCUUACCAGAGAACCCAGAAUUGAGCUGCUGGAUCACGCACUGGGUGUGCUUGAUCAUCCUGAUCCUCCUUGGUUGCUCCAACUCGCUGCUGGUGAGGGGAGUGUACAUAGACGCCGAGGAACCCGCGGGAAAGUGCGUGGUGUUCCCCUGCUACUACCUGAGGAUCAUCUUCCAGGGCGAAAAACUGAAACAGCUCAAUCUGACCAGUCUGACUAUACAAAACGUCAAGGUGCACGUGAGAGAUUCAGAGAAGGCCAUGGAGAACAACCAUAUCGUGAGUGUCAGUACUAUAAGUACCACCAUCAAACAGAAUCACAAAGAAAAUUGUUAAGCUGUCUAAAUAUACUGGCCUGUAAUGAAAU